CAUGAGUGCGAAUGGCAAUGCUCGAUGGGAGGAGAUGUUUGAUAUCUCGUUCAACUUCUGUGGACAGCAGAGAAAGUCAACCAAAAUCACCAGAAUUUUCACCAUGUUUUGCCUCCCAACCACGCAAAACACGGCCAGAAUCAGGACAGCUGCUCCAGCCUCCAGCUAUUUCCUACUUCCACGGUCAGCCAGCCAAACCUUUUCCGGCCUCCCAGGUUAUAAAAGGACGCCACAGCCCCAUUGCAAAAACCAGGCUAGUUUCACUACCCUCCUCUCCCCUUUCCCACCAAAUAAAGGCUCCCACCCCUUUUUUCUCCAGCAUCCAGGGGAGGGGAAACAUUAACCCGGCGGCCAUGGCCUCGCUCCGCAUCCUUCCGGCAGCCGCCGUCGCCAUCCUCUUCUUCAUUGUGGCUACCGUCGCCACCAAAGCUCCUGACUAUGUCAUCCAGGGCCGCGUCUACUGCGACACCUGCCGUGCCGGGUUCGAAACCAAUGUCACCGAGUACAUGAAGGGCGCCAAGGUCAGGCUGGAGUGCAAGCACUACGGCACCGGCAACGUCGAGCGCGCCAUCGACGGCGUGACCGACGAGACUGGCACCUACAAGAUCGAGCUCAAGGACAGCCACGAGGAGGACAUCUGUGAGGUCGUCCUUGUCCAGAGCCCGCGCAAGGACUGCGACGAGGUCCAGGAUCUCAGGGACCGCGCCAGCGUCCUGCUCACCAGGAACGUCGGCAUCUGCGACAGCGUGCGCCUUGCCAACCCGCUCGGCUACUUCAAGGACGUGCCGCUGCCCGUCUGCGGUGAGCUGCUCAAGAAGCUCGACUUGGAUGAUCAGACUGAGUAAGAAAAGAGUACGGUGGCAUCACUGGACAGGCUGCACAAACUACAAAUCAGUCGCCUGGCCUGCAUCUGCAUGUAGCAUGGAUGUGUCAGUAAAGUACAGAGUCAAUGAUUAACAAUAUCUGGACAAAACAAAAAGGAAAAAUGUAACUAUGCUGUCUAUCUAAUGUUACUCACAGAUUUGCGACUGGCCA